AAUCGAGCGACAAAAAUAGUAGGCGUGUGACUAUGACAGUAAGUCACCAUCAUCAUGGUGCGCACAGCGCGCAGCAGCCUCUGGGUCGUGGUGACGUUGGCCACUCAGACGACAGUGCCACUCCUCCGCUCGCCCGAUCUCAUGCUUCGGCAAGGGACAGCGGGCACAAAAAACGUCGCCUCAAACUCAGAAUCGGCUAUUUGCUACGAUAGGACGAAGGAACUCCACGCUACGGCUUUGAAGACAAAGGAGGUGGAAUGGCUUGUAAACCAGUACCCUCACAUUCGGCUGGCAUCUUUACAAGUGACGACUACAGUAAUGAAUAAGAGUGCACAGAGCAAGAAGAUUCGGAAGCGUUCAUACCCUUUGUACAAACAUACAGUAGUACCUCAGCGGCACAAAGGAGAUAAGAAGCUCCAGACAAAUCCGACCUAAACAGCAACUCAUUCGGGUGAUUCUGCGAAGAUUGCGUAAAGUAACAGAGACCAUGUCAUACAGUAAGAGAAUAACUGCAAUUUCUCGAGGAUGAAGAAGAGCCAUGUGGCAGCUAACACAAGUGCGACUACUCCUUUCGUCAUUCAAAUCUGGCCAGUCGCGGCAAAUUACAACCAUCUCCGCAGCACUUUAGCCAUGACUACAAUAUUGUGGCAGCAUGCACGACUAACUUUAGCCGCAUGGCAC